AUGAAUUUCGGCGGUUUAUACACCGACAGCCAAGGCAUCCGCGUCUCAGAUUCCCUCUUCCUCCAGGAACCGCUGAACCCUUCGCCCCCGCUGGCCCUCGCGCCCGAAGCCCGGAGGAACAGCUGGACCGUAGUGUCGCCGCACAUCAAAGCUUCGAGGGUGAUGGACGCACACCACCAGGGCCCCGUGGACACCAAAUGUGUAGGGUCACCGGACGCGGCCGACUCGGUGCUCCUGGACACUAAGCCGCAUGGCCUGGCGAAUGCCACUCCCCCCGCCCUCCUGGAGGCAAAGACGGAGAGUCAGAUGGACUUUCAGAGUCCAGGAUUCAUGGACGCAAAGCUCCCGAGCUCUCCUGGCGUUCUGGCGCCCUACGACCCUGCCUCCCUGAGAUUAGACCUAGGGACCACCACGGCCUGGAGGAGCCUCAAGAGAGACAGGCACGAGGAGGACGCCCCGGGAGCCGUCUCCUUCCGAGAGAACAACGACCUCUUCAGGAAUCUCGACUUCAUGAGGAACAGCGACCCACACCCUCGGCUGGACGUCGGGCGGGGCGAAGUGGGCCCUCACGAAGCCAUGCCCGGACUGGACUACGCGCCUUGCCACGGGUCGUCCUCCGCGUCGCCGGCCUUCAGGGUCCCCCACGUCACGCCUCCGGACUUCGGGAUGCCGCUGGCGACGCCGCAGAAGAAGACCCGACUGGCCUUCGCGCACGACUGCUUUCCUCCUCGCUUCACCUCCAGGCUGUGGCCUCACGCGCCCUUCCAGGCGAGGGUCGGGGCCUCGCACGACCUCCACUGCUAUCGGAGAAUGGGCGUCGCCACGACUGACCUCCCGUUGGCAGCGCCGUCGCCGCUCAUGCCCCUUCCGCACCAGCACCAGCUCCUCCGCCCACAGCCCCUCACGCCCCUGCCGCCCCCUGCCCUGCCCUCCGCAUGGACUGGGAUCCUGUCAACCUGCCCUACCUGGCUUACUCCCUCCUGCAGAGCCGCGGUUACACCACAACCGUGCCCUCGGCUACCUCUUUCACGCUGGGUCGUGUCGCGGCCUUUCUGCACCCGUCUGUACCCUAGCAAUGCCCUCCCUGCAGCGCCACUGGAAUGA